CCUCAGUAGUGAUCCAGACCUGGUCUCCUUGGUCCUCCCUCCAGUUCUGAUGAACCUGAGACCUGGUGAAGAUGAAGACUCUACAGCUGCUGCUGCUUCUUCUGGCUGCAGGCUGCAUGGACGCUUACAAACCUGUCAUCCUGGUGCACGGCGUAAUAAGUGGACCCAACGAGUUACAGAAGCUGUCUGGGUUCAUUACCAAGGCGCAUCCAGGGACCGAGGUGAUUGCGAUCAGUCUGUAUGAUUACGGGGAGAGUCUGACAUCCAUGUGGCAGCAGGUCGAAAGCUUCAGGAAGACCAUCAUGGGGAUCAUGAAAGACCACCCCCGUGGCGUCCAUCUUCUGUGCUUUUCACAAGGUGGGUUAAUUUGUCGAGGAGUUCUCUCCACCAUGCCAAAUCACAACGUGCACACUUUCAUCGGGCUGUCUUCGCCCCUGGCUGGACAGUACGGAGAAACGAGCUAUCUGAAGUAUGCAUUUCCUUUCUGUCUGAAGAAGGACGUGUUUUUGCUUUGCUACAACCAAUACGGGCAGCAAUUGUCAGUUUGCAACUACUGGAAUGACCCUCACCAUAGAUACAGCUACCUGUGGGGCAACAACUUCCUCCCCCUGCUUAACGGUGAAAGACGUCACAGCAACAUGAAUGCGUGGAGGAGGAGCUUCAUACGUAUCAAGAAGCUGGUGCUGAUUGGAGGACCAGAUGAUGGCGUCAUCACGCCAUGGCAGUCCAGCCAUUUUGGAUUCUAUGACAGGAAGGAGAACGUUAUAGAAAUGAAGAAUCAGAAGUUCUACAAGGACGACUCGUUUGGGCUGAAGACGCUGGCUCUCCGUGGCAGCAUCUCGGUGUGUAUUCGCUCCGGAGUGAAGCACACUGAGUGGCACUCCAACUACAGCGUGUUCAAGAGCUGCAUUCAGAAGUGGCUCAUAUGAAGGCAACUCGUAUAUGAUAACAUGUUGAUACGAGUUGCUUUUAACUGGAAGUUACUGGUGAAAUACAGUUAGAUACGGAUGAAACGACACCUAGUGGUGAUUUCUAAGAUUGUAACCAACCCAAGCAUUUUUUUUUUUGUUCACACCAUUAUAUUUUUCCUAUAAAAGUACCUUGUUAAUUUUUCUUUUGAGGAUAAAUAAAGGUUUUAUUUUUCACUUCCCUCCUCCUCUUUAUGCAGAUGUUCAUGAUUUACAAAGAACAAUGCUAAACAUUUUAUUUCCAGUUUCUCUGUUAUGACCUUUAAGAGAUCAUUUAAAUAUAACGACUCACCAUGAAUUAUGACAGAGGCAUUCCUGUUUGUAUAAAGUAACUUCUAAUAAUGCUUCCUGAGAAUAAACAUGGCCGACAGUCACUGACAUUCACGGAUGAUCACAAGAGAGUUUUUCAGGGCCUCUUUCCAUGUUUCUCUCUGUAAGAUGCAGUUUUUCUGUUUUUCUUGUUUUCUGUCACCUCCAGAACUGGUUUUAUUUUAGUGACUACAUUCUCCAGUCAUGUGAACUGCAGCCUAAACCGCCACCUGCCGACCACCCUAUUGUAUUCACUCUAAACCAGCUGAACAGCCAUAAUAAAACAAAACCAAAAAACAUUACAAAAGUUUCCAAUUCAACAAUAUUAAAAAGUUAUGUUUGUCAUUUUGAAUGUGCUGUAAUAGAUUUGGGAACCUAAUUUUACAGUGAUAUUGUGUCCCUGUUUGCUGGGGGAAAGUUUUCCUGCAUCACACCUGUUUGUCAAACAGUGGCAUCCUAAACUUAGUAAACCAG